AUGGCCUCCGACUACGAAAAAGAUCCCGGAUGGCAAUAUCUGAGACGAACAAGGGAGCAAAUUCUCCAGGCAAGUGGAUCGGAUCAAUCUCGACCGUACGACUCGAAGAAGAAUGUGUGGAUCCCGGACGUCGACGAAGGCUAUGUUGCCGCAGAAAUUAAGUCCACUAAGGGUGACGAUGUCGUUGUCACAGUGGGAGACCAUGAAGAAACACUGAGAAAGGAUCUCUUGCAAGAGAUGAACCCGCCAAAGUUUGAGAAAACUGAAGACAUGUCGAACCUUACUUUCCUCAACGAUGCCUCCGUCCUGCACAAUCUCCGUGCUCGCUAUGCUAGCAUGCUCAUUUACACGUACUCCGGUCUUUUCUGUGUUGUAAUCAAUCCAUACAAACGUCUUCCAAUCUACACUGAGUCGGUGGCGAAGAUGUUUAUGGGUAAACGAAGAACCGAAAUGCCUCCGCACUUGUUCGCUGUUUCCGACGAAGCGUAUAGAAAUAUGCUCAUAGACCACGAGAACCAGUCCAUGUUGAUCACUGGAGAAUCUGGAGCAGGAAAAACUGAAAACACGAAAAAAGUUAUUUGCUAUUUCGCAAGUGUUGGUGCCAGUCAACAGGAAAAGUCAAGCAGUAACGAGAAGAAGAUCACAUUGGAGGAUCAGAUCGUACAGACAAAUCCGGUGCUCGAAGCAUUUGGUAACGCGAAGACAGUGAGAAACAAUAAUUCGUCUCGAUUCGGAAAGUUUAUCCGAAUCCAUUUCUCGAAACAAGGGCGGCUUGCAUCUUGCGACAUAGAACAUUACCUUCUAGAGAAAUCUCGCGUAAUUCGUCAAGCUCCCGGAGAACGAUGCUACCAUAUUUUCUACCAGUUAUUCUCUGACUAUAAAGCCGAACUGAAAAAACAACUUCUAUUAGACAAACCGUUAAAAGACUACUUUUUCAUUGCACAAGCCGAACUCACUAUUGACGGCGUUAACGACGCUGAAGAGUUUCAACUGACUGAUGAAGCAUUUGACAUUUUGAAUUUCUCGGCUCAAGAGAAGAUGGACUGCUAUAGGCUUAUGGCUGCUCAUAUGCACAUGGGGGCUAUGAAAUUCAAACAACGUCCUCGCGAGGAGCAGGCAGAACCAGAUGGCCAGGAAGACGCCGAAAAAGCUGCCGCUAUGUAUGGGAUUGAUGUUGAGAAAUUUUUGAAAGCACUUGUUUCCCCGAGAGUAAAAGUUGGAACAGAAUGGGUUUCAAAAGGUCAAAAUGUCGACCAAGUCAACUGGGCAAUCGCGGCCAUGACUAAGGGACUCUACGCUCGCGUAUUCCACUGGCUGGUUAAGAAGUGCAACUUAACACUUGAUCAGCAAGGAAUCAAUCGUGAUUUCUUCAUUGGUGUGUUGGAUAUAGCCGGCUUUGAAAUUUUUGAUUUCAACUCCUUCGAGCAACUUUGGAUCAACUUCGUAAACGAGAAACUGCAACAAUUCUUCAAUCACCACAUGUUCGUCUUGGAGCAAGAAGAGUAUGCACGCGAAGGGAUCCAGUGGACAUUCAUUGACUUCGGUCUCGAUCUACAAGCAUGUAUAGAGCUGAUCGAGAAGCCACUGGGUAUCAUUUCCAUGCUGGAUGAAGAGUGUAUUGUGCCGAAGGCUACUGACAUGACUCUAGCACAGAAGCUGAAUGAACAACAUCUAGGAAAACAUCCAAAUUUCGAGAAACCGAAACCACCGAAAGGCAAGCAAUCCGAAGCUCACUUCGCCAUGAGACACUAUGCUGGAACUGUUAGAUAUAACGUUACAAAUUGGCUUGAGAAAAAUAAAGACCCACUGAACGACACCGUUGUCACCGUGAUGAAAGCCUCAAAGGGCAACGACCUACUCGUGGAAGUCUGGCAAGACUACACUACUCAAGAAGAAGCAGCUGCCAAAGCCAAAGAAGGAGGCGGUGGUGGAAAGAAGAAAGGAAAGUCUGGUUCCUUCAUGACUGUGUCUAUGCUUUACCGAGAGUCGCUCAACAACCUAAUGAACAUGCUCAACAGCACGCACCCCCACUUCAUCCGAUGUAUCAUUCCUAAUGAGAAAAAAGCUUCUGGUGUCAUUGAUGCCGCCCUUGUGCUCAAUCAGCUCACCUGUAACGGCGUGUUAGAAGGUAUCCGUAUUUGCCGCAAAGGUUUUCCUAACAGAACUCUUCACCCUGACUUUGUACAUCGUUAUGCGCUGCUCGCUGCGAAGGAGGCCAAGUCAGACGAAGACAAGAAAAAGUGUGCUGAAGCAAUCAUGUCAAAGUUAGUGAACGAUGGUGCUAUCACAGAGGAGAUGUUCCGUAUCGGUCUUACAAAAGUGUUUUUCAAGGCAGGGGUUCUAGCACACCUUGAAGAUCUCCGUGAUGAGAAACUUGCCGUAAUCAUGACUGGAUUCCAAGCCCAAAUCCGCUGGUAUCUUGGCCUAGUUGAUCGAAAACGCCGCAUGGAACAACGAGCGGGCCUGUUAAUCGUCCAAAGGAAUGUCCGCUCAUGGUGCACUCUUAGAACGUGGGAAUGGUUCAAGUUGUAUGGAAAAGUUAAGCCCCUUCUCAAAGCUGGUAAGGAAGCCGAAGAACUCGAGAAGAUCAAUGAAAAAGUCAAGCAACUCGAAGAAAGUCUUGCAAAGGAGGAGAAGCUUCGCAAGGAACUUGAAGACAACUCAACUAAACUACUGGAAGAAAAAAAUAAUUUAUUCAGUAACCUCGAGAACACCAAAGGACAACUUUCCGAUGCUGAGGAGCGCCUAGCUAAACUUCAAGCUCUUAAGACAGACGCUGACAAACAACUAGCUGAACUCAACGACCGCCUCGCCGAUCAAGAAGACCGUAACGCUGAUGUUCUACGUGCAAAGAAGAAAGUUGAAUCCGAAGUAGAAUCAUUAAAGAAGCAAAUCCAGGACCUCGAAAUGAGCUUGAGAAAAGCCGAGUCAGAAAAACAGUCCAAAGACCAUCAAAUCCGCUCACUACAGGACGAAAUGCAACAACAAGAUGAGGCCAUAGCAAAAUUAAACAAAGAAAAGAAACACCAGGAAGAAAUCAACCGUAAAUUAAUGGAGGACCUUCAAUCCGAGGAGGACAAAUCGAACCACACCAACAAGGUAAAAGCUAAGCUUGAGCAGACUUUGGAUGAUCUUGAAGAUGGCCUUGAACGCGAGAAACGAGCUCGCCUCUGCGUUCCUUUACUUCAGUCAAAGCGUCAGCUGGAUUUCGAUCAGGCGGACUUGAAAUCGCAGAACACCGAGCUCAUUGGUAGCAACGCAACUCUCUCAGCCAUGAAACGCAAAAUUGAGAACGAAGUACAAAUUGCUCGAAAUGAACUCGACGAUUGUCUCAACGAGUUGAAAGUUUCCGAAGAACGCGCACGCAAGGCGGCUGCCGAUGCUGAGCGCUUGGCUGAGGAGGUACGGCAAGAACAAGAACAUGCUGCUCACGUUGACCGUAUAAGGAAAGGCCUUGAAAUCAAUGCCAAAGAUCUUCAGGGAAAGAUUGAUGAAGCAGAACGGGCAAUGCUCCAAUGUAGGGAAGCAAAGGACGCUUUUGGUCAGCGAUUAACACCCUAUCCGCCACCUGGGAAAGCGCCACGGCGCCUUGCUACUAACCAACAUGAUAUUCCUGAUCCGUGGAUGCUACACUAUAUCUGUGAAUAUGAUACUGCCAAAUUUCUCAUUCAGGUGGAAGAAGAUAAAAAGAUGUUCGAUAGGCUACAGGAGAUGGUAGAAAAGUUACAGCAUAAAAUUCGAAUACAGAAAAGGCAAAUCGAAGAAGCGGAGGAGGUUGCUACACAAAAUCUCUCCAAGUUCCGUCAAAUCCAACUGGCUUUGGAAAACGCUGAAGAACGUGCAGAUGUCGCGGAGAACAGUAUUGUUCGCAUGCGUGGACAAAAGUUUACGAAGUGA